UCACGCAACAGUCACUCUAAUCGAGACGGAAAACAAAAUCGGACGUUAGCUGCGCGUCGCUCCCGAAAAAAUUGUUAAUUUGUGGUCGCUUUUUCGCGAGUGCAGACAUAAAUGAAACCAACAUGUCUUUUGCUCCAUUCCAGACUGGAUAAUCGGUUAUAACCAAAGCCAAAGUGCAAGUGAAUCGGCUUAAAUAAAAAGUGUCGCCCAGCGUCGGCGGAGAAAUGUUGAAUGGACAGCAGCGUCGCGUCUAACAAGAAAAAAACAAGUACACACAACCAUCGAAUGCACAUAAACAAGACGAGACAGCAAACGCAGAAUCGAGUGAAAACCUAUUUUAAAACGCGGAGCUAUAUUUAUUUUGUUGACGCUCAGGAUUUUCGGUGUUCGCAACUGAAUGUCUGCGGGUGCGUGAGAGUGCGCGUGUGUGGGUGCAUACCACGGCAAAUAACUGCAAUUGCAAUAGAGAGCAGACACAAAUACACACAUAAUUGGAUUAUGGCCACACGGCAAUAAGAACAGCGAGAGAGCGAAAAAGUCGCCAAAACCAAACGGACUUCCAACUGCGAGCGCUUCCAGUGCAGCUUCCACAACUGCAACGUGCCAAGAAUCGAAAAAACAAUCCAAAACAUUCCAAACAUCGAUAAUAAACAACCAACUAAGUACACAAGAUUCUACGAAGCAAACAACAAACAGUGAUUGAUAGUUAAUUUUAGCAAACAAUUUUUUUUAUCGUUUUCAAAAUUUUGAAAGUUGUCAACUCGGGCCUAUGUGUCCGAUAAAUGUUUCGUGCUGCGUUCCAUAAAUAAACAAUAAAAUAGCAUCCGUAAAUAAAAGCGUGCCCGUCUAACCGUCGCGUUAACCCGCCAAAUAUUGUGUUAUCAUGGACGAUAGAAUGUUGUAGCCAAGAGCUCCAGCAUCAGCCAAUACACACACAGAGAUCCAGCUCGAUCGGCAGAGAUCCCAGCCACAAGCAGGCAACGCAAGGUCGUCCAACGCCAAACGCAAACCAACUCUACACACACAUCCGGAUACGACAGCAACAUACGUCGUAGCUGAUAAACAUGAGCCUGAAUCAGCACAGUGGACCCGGACCGCCGUUGGAGAUGUGCACCCUGUCCGUGGACCAGGUGGACUCCUCCCGGGACUCCCCCUUCGUCUGGCCCAGCACAGCGGGUAUGUGCGGCACCAUUAGCACACCAACACCACCGGCGAGUGCGGCGUACAAAGGUGCAGGGGCCACCGUUUCCAAUGGAGACGGCAUCAACGCCGAAGCUUCGGCGAAGCAUCAGCCGCUCCACAAUGGCGGUUGGAUCGGAAACGGUCUGCCGCCGGCUCCAGUGACAAGGACCAUAUCAUCCGAUCGCCUGGUCACCGGCAGCUCUUGUCGGGCACUUCGAACCGCCGUCUCAGCAUUAUAUUCCGUGGAUGACUUCGUCAAGGAGAAAAUCGGAUCGGGAUUCUUCUCGGAGGUUUACAAGGUCACACAUCGUACAACCGGCCAGGUGAUGGUGCUCAAGAUGAAUCAGUUGCGGGCCAAUCGACCCAAUAUGUUGCGGGAAGUGCAGCUCCUGAACAAACUCUCCCAUGCGAAUAUACUGAGCUUUAUGGGCGUUUGCGUGCAGGAGGGCCAACUGCACGCCCUCACCGAGUACAUCAACGGCGGCUCCCUGGAGCAGCUGCUGGCCAACAAGGAGGUGGUGCUCAGCGCCACGCAGAAGAUAAGACUGGCGCUGGGUAUUGCGCGCGGCAUGUCCUACGUCCACGACGCGGGCAUCUUCCACAGGGAUCUGACGAGCAAGAAUGUACUUAUUCGCAAUCUGGCCAACGAUCAGUACGAAGCCGUCGUGGGUGACUUUGGUCUAGCCGCAAAGAUACCAGUCAAAUCCAGAAAAUCACGCCUGGAGACCGUCGGCUCACCGUACUGGGUCAGUCCCGAGUGUCUGAAGGGCCAGUGGUACGACCAGACGAGCGAUGUCUUCUCCUUCGGCAUCAUCCAGUGCGAGAUUAUAGCCCGCAUCGAAGCCGAUCCGGACCUGAUGCCCCGCACCACCUCGUUUGGCCUGGACUACUUGGCAUUUGUCGAGCUGUGUCCCAUGGACACACCCCCCGUCUUUUUACGCCUGGCUUUCUACUGUUGUUUGUACGAUGCUAAGAGCCGCCCCACUUUCCACGAUGCUACCAAAAAGUUGACCUUGCUGUUGGAGAAGUACGAGCACGAGUCUUCGGCAGGAGCGAGUCCAUUGAGUUCUCUGGAGCUGAUUAACUGCUCGCCAGGAGGCAGCGACUCGGAGAACGUAACAACGACCCCUCGAGCUUCAGCACCCACGGUGGCCACCAUUUGUACGGCACCAGCUGGCACCUUGACACCGCGUCACCUGCAAGAAGUGGACGAAGAUGGCUUUCGUUUUCCGAGUAAAAAGUCCGCCUCGGCUGCGCUGCCGGGAACGCCGAAUGGGUCCGCCGGAAGCACUGGCUUCGAUGAUCACGUACUGAAGUCUAGGGUGCGUCGUGCCACCCAGAAGUUGGAGGCCGAGAUCCUGCUGCACCGGCGCUCGCUGAGCGAGAACAUCAUCCACUUCCCGAUGCACACGUCACCCAGUGACAAGGCGCGUUGUCAUCAGAUGCAGCGCCAGCGCUCCUCCACGCACUCGCCAACGCCUCCCAGGCAGUUGGCCUCGGUUCAGUUGCCCGCGACGGCUAUUCCAGAUCCUCCGCCACUUCCGCAGCCGGUUUCCGCGGUUCUUACGCUGCGCAAGGUGGGCGAAACGAUGUGUCUGAAGGAUCCGCAGUACAAGCCGACCUCCGAAAAGGAUCACAACGGCUCCAAACCGAAUCCGUUCGAAGCGCUGGCGCAGCUGCGUGGCGUGAAGAAGAUCCUGGAUGCAAAUCCCAAGACCUAUGCAGCCGGAGUGGGAGAUCUGUUUAGCUCGUGCUUCGAGACGCUGGCGCCGUUCUUCAAGGAGCUGGCCGCCAUGCAGAGCAAGGCGGUGGCUCAGGGAGGCGGUGCGAGUCCAGAAGAAGCCACGGCAGCCAAACCAGCGGGAACCGCAGCGACGCCCAGUGAACCAAAGAGCCUGCCGGUGUCGCCGCACAUGACGCGCAAGUACAGCUCCAUCGAGCUGCGUUUGCCCCAGCGGAUCAGCAAUGCGGCAGCUCCAGCGGCCAGUGUGGUUGCUGCCACACCACCUGCAACAUUGCCAGCGGAUGAGGAUGACUGCGACGAUUGCACUUCGGAGGGCGAGGAUCCCGACGGAGGAGGAAACUGUGCGGAUGCGGAGUCCAGCAGCGAUGACAGCGCCGUGCGUCCGUCCACUGUGCCCACAACACGGAAAUAUCGCGCGAAUUCCCUGUACACACAUCCGCUUUUUCGCGGCUCCAAUGGCACCAGCAUGAAGAGUACCAGCACCGGGGAAUUCGAGAGCCCAGCUCUGCUGAAGGCCAGUGCAUCCACCAUCACGUUGACCGCCUCAGCGGGCGCGUCCAAUUCCUGCGAGGAUCUGACUGAAAGCGCCAAGAAAUCCAAAGACCAAACGAGUUGCAGUGCAGCUGCCACGGCCCUCACUUCACCCACUCCAAUCUCCGGCUGCUCGGCCAGAUUGGUGGAGACCCCGGCGUCCGUGUCAUCCUGCACAGAUCUGGAGCUCGACGAACCGAAGAACACCUGCGAUCUGAGCGAGCUGAAGAACUCGUGCGAGCAGCUCCCCCUGAAGACGAACCUAACGAGACGGGACUCCAUCGAAAGUGGCUUCUUUUCGUGCUUCAACGAGGAGUCGGAUGCUGCGAUAACCAAUAAUAGCUUCGGCGGACAGCUGUACGGGAUUGGGUCGUUGGGGUUUGGCUGCGGCGGCGGGGCCAGCAAUAGCAACUGCUGUUACGAGAAGUUGAAGGCAAAGCUUAUGCUUGAUGCAUGUGUCAGCGCGGAUAGUGAAAUCAACGAUAAACUUGCGAGUCUGUGUCGCUGCUGCUACUACGCCUCCUCCACAUCGAAUGCCGCCGUAACUGCUGCCGCUGCGGCGGCCCAACAACAACAGCAAAGUCACCGGUUGAACGACACCUCGUCCACCUCUUCGUCCGUUUUGCUGAUCGACAACGAUACCGCCGUGAUCGGGGGCAACACCUCUUCAUCCACGGCGCUGGACUCGAUUGACGACUUGGACGCCGACAUUGUUGCAUCACGACCCACUCACCAGCGACGCUACACCUGCCACCAUGCGCUGCUCAGCGGAAACGGAGGUGACUCCCAAAUGGCGGCCACUGCGGGACUGAUCAAUCGUCUCGCCUUGGACUCGGAAAUUCAUACGCUGCUCCAGCGCAGUCCAUUUGCAACGAACCAGCUGCUGUACUGCAAGAAUCGCACUUCGUCCAUCUACACGGACAGCUCCGAUGAUAUCAGCAGCUUGGCAGGAUCGGAUUCAUUGCUCUGGGAUGAUCGCUCUUUUACGGCGCUGCCCAGUACGAGAUCCGCUCAGAUUGCCAAGAUUGUGGAGUACUUUGAGCGAAAGCGUCAGGACUCCUCGCCGCCAUCGGUGCACCAUCGCAAUGGAAACGGAACGGUGGCAGCUGCCGUGGCUGCCUCCGCCUUGGGAUCCAACUACCUCUCGUACGAGUCGCGCCGCUAUUCGGACUUCAAGCGGCACCUGAACGCGGACACCCUGUGCUUCGAUCUGGACAAGAAGCCGGCGCAGCAGAGGAUGAUGGUGUGCGAAGGAGCGGUCAAGUCGAAGCUUCCCAUAUUCGACAAAAAGAAGCAGCAGCAGGGCGGCUAAUUAACCGAAUUCAUAUUUAUCAACCUGUUUUUUUUUAGUCUGCUUACGACUAAGUUAGAUUCUGUGAGAUUUUUACCCGCAUACCCGAUUCCUUAACACCUGGCAGUACCACUUGAUAAGAAUACAAACAAUAAUCGCAAAUUAGUUUGCCCACAAACGUUGGUUAGUUUAUGAUACCUACAAGUGUAAAUUAGUUUUUACUUUAUAUCCUUUUUGUCAUGUGUAUAGAGCGCAAUUGCAAAUAAGCCAAAAUGUUCUACUAAAAAUUAAGCAUGCCCUUUACGAUAAGAGACCACUUCGUUUGUAUUAGUUUGAAAAUUUACAUGCGUUAACAUAAACAUAAUCAUAUGUCGUACUGGUUCCUAGUCCUUCAAAUCUACAUUGCUACAUACGAGUAUAUUGUUCUAAAUUAGCGAGUAUUCAGAAACCAAUCAUGGAAAGUAUUUAUUCUUAUUAGUUAAACCCGUCGCUGGUAAACUCCUAUGAAAUGGCAUAGCUGUUCUUUAUAAAUACGUUUACAUACUAUAUAUAUUAUUAAUUUUAUCGCGCUAUUUAUUUGAUUUUGUCUAAACUCUGUAUAAAAAGAUUAUGUUUAAAAUACAAUACAAAUAUACAUACACAUACAUACAUAAAAUGGCAUAUUGCAAUACAUAUAUUUUACCUGUAGCGACUAAUUACCAGUUAAGGUCAAAGUUAUAUCUAUGUAGACUUAUCCACUUGAGGUUUUAAGACUUGAAGCUCCCUUCCCCUCGAAAACUGUACAGAUGAUUCCGGAUCAGUUCGAGAAGCAAGCCCGUUUAUCAUUGGCCAAUCCCAAUCGACUUAAUCACGAAUUAGGAACUUAGUUUUAGUUAUUAUGUUACAAGCAUGUGGGUAUCUGCAUUACAAAUAAAUACAUAUGUAUACAUUACAUCCAGCAGAUCGA